AUGAAGAUCAUCCUUGCCAGUCUUGGUCAUGUUCUCAAUAAGAAGAAGUGCACCGUGUUUAGUGUUGAUUUCUGGCCCAAGAACAAAGAGUAUAUCGUUAGUGGUGGUCAGGACGGGAUAGUACAGCUAUGGCGAGUACAAGAGACAGAUAGCAAAGAAAUAGGUAAAUUUGCCAAACAUACUGGUGCUGUUUUGGGAGUGCGAUUUAGUCCUAAAGGAGACUUACUAGCUAGUGCAGCCGAUGAUGGGAAUGUUUUUAUCUGGAGUGUAGAUGAGAAGGAAACUCUUCUCUGUUUAUCAGCUAAGAAGAAAAUAGCGGAUCAUCGUUCGGAUGUAUCAAGUUUAGCCUGGACCAGUAAGUAUUUAAUAACAGGCGGGUACGAUGGAGGAGUUCUAGUCUAUGAAACAGAUGGGUUUAGUCUGGUGAAGCGAUUGGAACGUCAUGAAAAGGGCUGUAAAGGAGUGGCAGUCAGUCCUGAAGGUCUUUACAUUACUACUUAUGGGGAUGAAGGAGAAGUGUUUCUUUAUAACCAAGACUUAGUUAAACUAGCUAGUACAAAGAAACCGUUUAAAGGCGUGCAGUUAGAGUCUUUCUUUAGUCGUAUGUCCUGGAGUCCCGACGCCAAGUAUGUGGCUUGUGGCUUGGCCUUUUUAGAUCGGCGAGAUGCUGUGGCUGUUUUAUCUACUUCUUUAGUUCGUGAUUAUACCUUAAUUGGCCAUGCAGCACCUUGUGAGGUAGUGAGGUUUAAUCCACAGGUCUGGGAGAAGGAAGGGAGCAAGUACUAUGUUUUAGCAACUGGAGCUCAGGAUAGAAGUGUGGCACUUUGGAGUUCAGGCCGGCCUAAACCAUUGGUUUUACUGAAGGAAGUAGCUGAGCAGCCAAUUAUGGACUUACAAUGGUCGGCCGAUGGUUUAUCUCUAGUAGGCUGUGCGUAUGAUGGAUCGGUCUUUAUUCUGCAACUGAGUGCCGAGGAGUUAGGCAGUCCCGUGCCCGUGGAAAUAGAUAAGGGCGAGAAUCUAGUCUUCUCCAAAGAAUUCAUACCGGCCAAGGAUGUGCCCGUCCCUUUCCCAGCCGUAAGUACUACAACUACUCCCCCCGAACCAACCACUACUCCCUUAAGCACUCCUACAGUCAACUCCGGGCCAGGCAAUCAAGUCCCACUUAAGAAGAAGAUUGUUCCACGGGUGAUCGAGCCUUUAAAGCUAGCUGAGAACCAGAAAACAGUUAGAGGACCACGGGUUAUUCUUUAUGUGCCCGAGAAGACCGUUAGUAAAGAAAUACCCGAUAAAGACUAUGCAGUAGAGAUGGAAACACAAAACAAAGGAGUUGUCUAUCGAAUUAGUAUAGACAGAGUUAUUCGGCGGCUGAUUGUCAAGCGCGAUGGUCUAGAGUGGUUCCGAUCGGAAGGUUUGAAGAUUAAAGGCGUAGCCGCCGAUGGAUCUAUUCUAGCCAUUGCCAGUGAGGGGUACUCAGCCGACAAGCAAAGUCUAGAAACACUUUGGAUCUACAGCCUAGAGAAGUGUAUGCUAGUCUUACCAGCCAUAGCUUUUAAACGGCUAGUAGCAAUUGAUGUACAUGAGGACAAAGUAUUAGCUGUUAUGCCAGGCUUCUUUAAAGUAAUUGAUUUAACAGCUAAUAGUUGUAUUGAAGACAUCUUAAUUGAACAGUCAGCCAUUAUUAGUAUUGCACUGGAUAAGAAGUACUUUGUAUUAGCUCUCUAUGCCGAUGGCUCAACCCAGUUUUAUGACCAAAGAAUGCGGACUUGGUUUAUCUUAGAGCUUAAUUGUCCUUCUAUUUAUUCAGAUACGUUUACUAGUACACAGGCCGAACUAGACAGUACAUUUGAGCAUCUUGAGAACAGGUGUCUAGUCGGGUUAAGCUAUGAAGAAUGGAGUAAUACGGAAGAAACACUGUCCCGACUUCUUCUUCUAAUAGGAAAUACCCCUGAUUGUCCUCCCGGUCUACUCAAUCGUCUUGAUGGAAUAAUUGAAGGCUUCUUAUUCUAUACAGGUAUCGGUGGAAUUGACUUUAUCAAAAACCUUCUCCACAAGACUGCCGAAACCUCCAAAUCCCUCCAAAAGUUCGCCCAUUACAAGAUCAAAGAGCUAGAACUCCGCCGCUAA